AGUCAGAGUGCCAAAAAGAGGUAACACACAUCCCCACUUGGCUAAGAACAAGACAGUAAAGCUUUAGAAGUGACUGGAGAGUCAUUGUGGUAGAAAUCUGUUAGCGAUAUAGUGCACAUUCUAGUGUUAAAAACUGAACUAUUUUUUUACUGUGGUGUGGUUUGGUUUUUUGAAUGAAAUAAUUAAUUAAUUUGAUUUAAUUUAGUGUGAGGGGAGGACGAGACGAAGAUGGAAGAACAGGACUUAAAAAAACUCGCCCCCUAGCCUCAGUCAUGCCCCCUGGGACUAAAAUGAAAAUCCCGAAAAAUGGUAGUCGAAACCCUGUUCAUAUCAACCGCCCUUAAAACCAUCGGAAUCGUCGGUUCAACCCUCUGGAUCAUCCCUCUGAUCUUCGCUGGAAUUUCCUACUACCACUACGACAAACUCGACCCGGAAUCGCCCAUAAUCAACCGAAGAACGCUCUACAAAGAGUACGACUUCGUAGUUGUAGGGGGCGGUUCAGCGGGGGCGGUUGUAGCCUCGCGCCUAUCCGAAAUCCCCUCUUGGAAUGUGCUCCUCCUGGAGGCCGGACCGGACGAAAAUGAGAUCUCGGACGUCCCCUCAUUGGCCGCUUAUCUCCAGCUGUCGAAACUCGAUUGGACGUAUAAGACGGAACCGACGGGGAGGGCGUGUCUUGGGAUGAACAAUGGGCGGUGCAAUUGGCCCAGAGGCAAGGUUUUGGGCGGGUCCAGUGUACUGAACUAUAUGCUGUACGUGCGGGGGAAUCGGCACGAUUACGACCAAUGGGAGGCCAUGGGGAACCAUGGUUGGAACUACGAAAAUGUUCUCCACUACUUCAAAAAAUCGGAAGAUAACAGGAACCCGUACUUGGCGCGUACCAAAUAUCACAACCAAGGGGGUUUAUUGACAGUUCAGGAGUCCCCAUGGAGGACCCCCUUAGUCCUGGCCUUCGUCCAGGCGGGUACUGAGCUAGGGUACCCCAACCGGGACAUAAAUGGUGCCGAACAGGCCGGUUUCAUGGUCGCCCAGGGUACCAUAAGACGUGGUUCCCGUUGUUCCACAGCCAAAGCCUUCCUCCGCCCCAUCAGACUCCGUAAAAACAUCCACAUCGCCUUAAACUCCCACGUGACUCGAGUCCUAAUCAACCCAUCAACCAUGCGGGCUUUCGGGGUCGAAUUCGUCCGAAACGGCCAUAAACAGAUCGUUUUGGCGCGAAAAGAAGUCAUAAUGAGCGCCGGCGCCAUCAACACUCCUCAAAUCCUCAUGCUAUCAGGCAUCGGUCCCCAGCCCCAGCUCUCCAAGUUCGGGAUCCCAGUCCUGAGGGACCUCCCCGUCGGGGAGAACCUCCAGGACCAUGUGGGCAUGGGCGGUUUCACGUUUCUAGUCGACAAACCCGUCUCCAUAGUCCAGGACCGCUUCCAGGCCUUCCCCAUGACCAUGCAGUACGUCAUGAACGCCAAAGGCCCCAUGACCACCCUCGGAGGGGUCGAAGGCCUGGCCUUCGUCAACACGAAAUACGGUAACCGUUCCUGGCCCGACGUCCAAUUCCACAUGGCACCUGCCAGUAUAAAUUCGGACGCCGGCGUCCGAGUCCGUAAAGUUUUAGGACUUACGGACCACCUCUACAACACGGUGUACCGCCCUAUCGCCAAUAAGGACGUCUUCACGCUUAUGCCCCUCCUCCUGAGGCCCAAAUCGCGCGGUUGGAUCCGCCUCCAAAGCAAAAAUCCCUUCGUGCCGCCUGUGAUCAACGCCAACUAUUUUGACGAUCCCAUUGAUAUUAAAGUACUAGUGGAGGGGGCAAAGAUGGCGAUUAAAAUCGGCGAAGCCCAAGCUUUUAAGCAGUUUGGGGCAAGAGUGCAUCGAAUCAAGUUUCCGAAUUGUCGGGAUUUUGAGUUUGGGAGUGAUGAGUAUUUGGAGUGCCAUAUAAGGACGAUUUCGAUGACGAUUUACCAUCCGGUGGGGACGUGCAAGAUGGGGCCGAGUUGGGAUAAGGAGGCUGUGGUUGAUCCCAGGUUGAAGGUCUAUGGAGUGGAGGGGUUGAGGGUGAUUGACGCCUCUAUCAUGCCGACCAUUCCGAGUGGGAAUACGAACGCACCGGCGAUUAUGGUGGGGGAAAAAGGGGCGGAUCUGGUCAAAGAGGAUUGGCUACAACGAUAGACUUUCGAAGUGAUAAUCUAAUUUAAUUCUAAUACAAUUAUUUAUGACGUUUCAUUCCCGUUCAUUCAUUUCACACGUGUGCUAUACGUAUGUUUUUUCUACAACUACCUCAAACAGUUUUUAGGAACAAUAAUAGCCUUGUGUUUUCACAAAUUACAUAUAGAAUUUUUUCUACCACCGUUUUAAUUGUAACCUUUUCCUAGGCCACAUAAAAAUUGUACUUUUUAAUAUAAGUUGUAGAGAAAUUUUCUCUUAUUUAAUGUUUGUUUUAAGUGCUAAAGUCUGGUCACGUCUUAGAUAAGUAUUAAAUUUUUCUUUUCGUGCCAAAUUAGGUAAUGACAGCGAUUAAACGUGAGACUAUGUCCAAAUUAUUAAUAACUGACUAACAAACGAGUUAUAAAAUUUUUCCACUGAUCGUUUACUUUUAUGGAAAAAAUUAAUGUGAAAAGUUUGAUUGUAAAAUGACGCGGAUUACUAAUGAUUAAUGAAUAAAUUCUCGCUAAUAAACAAUAAAAAGUUUUCCUGAUUAUUACUAAAUGUAAGCGAUUAAACGGAAAUAAGUAAUUUUUUAUAAAGUGCUCAAUCAAGUCUAUUUUUAUUUAAAUAGGUAUCAGUUUUAAUUGUAGUUUUAUUUUGACUUAGUAUAAAAUAAGUCAUUAAUUUAAGCGUAAUCGAUCGUAUAAAUAAUACUCCGUUAAUUGAUAAUUUAAUAACUUGCGACUUGUAAGCUGUGUAUAUUGUUAAAGUUGUAUUGUUGAUUAUUUAAUAAACUAGGAAAAAUUCUG